AUGAACUCCAUGACUGAAGUUGUUGCAACAAGCCAGAAUCGUGUCCUUCUGGACAUGAUAGCAGAGCUUACCAGGAAUAGAAAAAGCGUUCCUGCCUCGCAAGGGCUCUAUGCUCUACGAAGGAGAAUUAACAAUCUAUCUACGAAUGGUCGAAGGCUCCUGAAGCUGACCAGUGAGCAGGUCGUAUGGCAAGAUGGUUGCUUCAGCGUUAGCACUGAAGCCAAAUGGGAUGAAACACGUUGCGGGCGAGAUAUUGUCCUUUCUAACAACAACACCACUGUAACGAGAAGCAAUGGUAACGAAUGGGGAGGUGUACUUGGAGCUCAGUUGUAUACGUCUGGAAAUCAUUCUUUCACAUUUCAUAUCAACAAAUGUCAAACAGACUACGUCUACAUUGGAGUUGCAUACGACAAUGUGGACCUAAACGAUAAUUACAAUGCUAGAAAUAUAGUGCUGAGAGCGGGCGAUGGCUCGUUUCGUGUGUUCUCUGCAUCUCAGGGUUGUUACGGUGGAUUUCGUACAGGAGACAAUAUAAGGGUUGAAGUCGAUAUGAAUGACAAGGUGGUAACAUUCUACAAAAAUGAUGUCCGAUUAUGUCAAGCAACGGGGAUUACAGCAUCGCUACGUCCAUUCGUUAGUAUCGGGGCCAGAGAUGUUGUUAUUACCAUGAAGACUCAAGAUCCAAAGCUGGCAUUAGAAGUCUCUGAAACUCAGCCGCGGUCCCCUAUGAUUGACAUAGCGGCAUCUGGGCUGAAGGAAGAAGCGCUGUGUUCUGCAGCUGACUUUUUGAAGAGUAUCUCUACAUCGGAUGUAGAAGCAGACCAGCAGGAGAGGCAAAUUGCAGCCAUGGUGCUUCUGGAACUAGCAGUCGCGAGGGGCUUGUUGAGUUUCACCCUUUCGAUCAUGGUUCAUUUAAUGGAGCACAAUGUUAUUCUUGAUGCUUCCGUGUUUCCAACCCUCAGGAGGCUUGGUAACAUUGACUCAAUCUCAGAUCCAAAGCUGCGCUCCCUUUUUUCAGAAUCUCUUGGAAGCAAACAGGGAGCUAACAAUGCAAGUACAAUGCCGAGACAAAAUGACAGUCAGAACGAAUCCUCCAAUGACUUGACUCCAAGUACGCAGCAAGGAUCUGAGAACGACAGAGUCGUUUCGCCUGAUGAUAGUAACAAAGACGAAGGGAAUGUCUUCCACAAGAGUCUUAAGAUCAGUGGUGAUGCUCAAGAUGCGAGAUUGAUUGCAGAAGCAGCAGAGCAGGAGGUGGGGAAGGAUCCAACCUGUGGAGUCUUGUACAGCGUGAUAAUACUUGCUCAACUUGAGCAUGCUGCUAAACGACUGAAGUCAAGUAAUGCUGUCCUGGCACCGUGCAGUGUUGAUGCAAGUCCUCGCACUUUACGGCAGUUGCAUUCUCUCAUAUCCAGCCAUUCGUCCAUUAUUGAUCACCUCAAAGAUGCCGAAGAUUGCAAUGUUUGGAGUUGUUACGUGCUUCUUGCGCUUGUCCGAUUGUUGGCUUUAAAUCUUCGUCAGAUUCAACGACAUCCGAACAUGUCAGAAUUAGAACCAGAUCUUUUGGCUUCUCUUAGGGCUUUGUUGCUCAAACUUGUUGCUGGAAGUGCCAAGACGAGUGCUGAAGGGCAGAUAGCUUACACCAGCAUUCAAGAAGAAGCUGUUGCUGCUCUACGUGCUGGAACUCCCGUUUUGUUCAGUGAUCCGGUAGAAUUGGUUGGCCUUCUUGAAAUCAUGCUUCCAAAGCACUGCGAGGAGAAAGCAAGUCAAACGGAAGAACAAUUUCUUGUGAUGCUGCUUUCAUACAUAGCAAAACCGCCCGUAAUUUGGCGUGUACUUCAAUUGGAUAAUUCUAUUCAAACGGAUGCCGAUGCUGGGUCAAAGAAAGAGAUUUCUGUGCACGACAGUGCUUGUUUACGGUUUUUUGAGUGUCUUCUUAACUCUACGAUGCAUUACCUGAAGACGUCUCUGAAUAGUGGGAGGGACCCAAAAGAUCCUCCAAGGACGAAUGAAGUAAUUCCCACAGCAUGCGGAGAGGUGCUGCAAGUCGCAUGGAGGUUACAACAUGUUCAUUGGAGUAAUUUGUUAGCAAGUGAGGAUUCCAAGGCCCUUGCACUUUGUUCUCAAAUGGCAGUUUCGGCUUUGCAGCAUGUUGUGCAUGUCAUCGAUCUGACAAAGCGCUUCAUCGAAGUCGAAAGAGGAGAUUGCAAUGUUGCUGUCAUGAUUCUGGAACAAUCCGCGGUGUAUAAGUUCCUUCCAGAAAUUUUGGCAGGAAUUAGUUCAAUGCCUCCGCAUGAGAAGAUCCUUGCAUGUCUGAACAGCUUGCUUGCUGGCCUUGAUUCACUGUCCCCAAAGCUACCGGGAGUUGUAUUGAAUGCGUUGGACCCUGUAACACCUGCAGACCUUCGCCGACAACACGAGCUUGCAAUACAAAGGCUCUCCACGCAGCAAGUCAUCAAACAGCAAAUCGUCAACGCUAAUUUGAAUAGCAACGAGGAAAGCAGAGGGGAAAAUGCAGCCGACAAAGUGGACCGAGAGGUUGUUGCAAUACAAGGUGCAUCAUAUCUUCUAGUUGAACUUGAUAUCUCGGCCUGCAAACUCGGCUCAUCCGGGCAACUGACAAUCGAAGAUGGGCUUGGUCAUGUGCUUGCUGGUAGACUCAUGGGUUCUUAUGAAGGAAGCGAGAACUCGAUCCUUCCGAUCAUUGUGCCAGGCGAAACAGCCGUCUUCAAUUUUUCCCCUCGCGACUUUUUCAAAUUUUCUGCUGAAUCAAGCGAAAGUGAGCAAGUUGCGUAUAAGGCUAUUGUGACAGGUUAUUUUGCGCCUUCAUUUUCAGUUGAGUGCAUCGAAGCACAUGUCGUUCACCCUUGCAAUUCAAAUGAAACUUCUUCACCACUUGCACUGCCGGAUACAACCAUUGUUUCACAGAUUUCUUUUGAUCCAGAGAGUUGCUUAAAGCCUUCAUCAUGCGUUGCCCUCACACUUGGAGGUCAUCUUCAGGUGUUUACUGGUGAAAAUGAUUCUUCGUCGAAACAGGUGAACGAGGCUGCAGAAUUUCUACAAUCUAUGGACACGUCUAUUACCUCAUCAGAGAUGUUCAAGGAUCAACUGAAGAGUUGCCCUCUUCUGCCUUUCCCAUCAUUUCCGCUCUUAACUGUCGACCCCAAUAUACGGUUUGAUCACGUAGAUGCCAGUUCUCGAUCUGAAACUGUGAACGAUUCCUUGGUGGCGAAGGGUCCUGUGAAUUCUCUUGCGAACGGCAAAUAUGGGUGGAAAGCGUUCGUAUGCAGUGUCAGUGUUCCGCGUGAUGCGGACGCUCAUUGGAUGAUGGAAAUUUUGCGGCUGACUGCUUGUGUAAGUGCACAGCUGUCUGGAGCUAUGGUAUCUGGCUUACAGGGCAGUGAAAUUGAGACAACUUGCAAGAAAUGGAUUACGUCAGACCUUUUGCGUGGAGGACGCCUGGAAGAUCUUGAGCUCGAGAAUGUCACGAAGGAUUUUGUUGACAAACCACUGAGGCUUCCAGGACGACCGCAUCCUCUGCGUCAAAGCCCGAUCCUGGACAAAGUGGAGAGUUCCGCUGCUUUGGCUAUGUUGCAUCAUGUUGGCUUGCUCAGCCUCGUGAAACAGAAUAUCGACGCAGAUGGAAACGUCAAUAUGGAUGAGGAAGAGCACGUAGCAGUUCUCAGAAAGAUAGCAAUGGCUGCCGGUAAUCUGCGCCGGUCUUUGAUGCAACAGCGAGAUCAGCAGUUGGCCGAUCCAGAAAGGAAUGUGGAUAGUGAGAACAAAGAGUCACCAGCUGCUGCUACCAACAGUGUGCUGAAUUAUGACGCAUUAUGCCUUCCAGUUAUGGAAAGGGCAGAGUGCCUUCUACGAUUUGUCCCAGCGCUGGGAAAAAGGCAAGUAGGACAGGCAUGCUCAGAAUCAUUGGCACACGCAGAGGAGAUGAAUUUGAAUCAUGAUGAUCAGACUGAUGUGUCUCCAACCAAGAAGUGGCAACAGGCUGCUCUGAGGAUCAUUGGUAGUAACGGGGCCUCAAGCCUCGCAAACAAAGAUAGUGAAAUCUCAAAUUCACAUGAUGCUGGUACAUCCAUCGAUGUUUCAGCUCCUAGUUCAUCCAGUGAAGAAUUAACAGAAGACAUGUCCGGUGGCAAAGCAGAGACAGAGCAGCAGAGCGGUUGGAGCUACGUCAUCCCUCUUAUCAGGGUUCAUCGUGCGUACUGGAGAGUCAAGCAAAGAGUAAAACAGCGGGAGGACAAUAUCAUUGAUUUAGUAUCGAAGUUCCUUCUUUUGUACCCGGAUCUAUGGAACCAGUCCUUGUCGGACGAGAUGAAAGGCAAGAUAGCCAACGAGAUUGAGAAUGGUUUGCGGUUUCUUGCAGAAAUGCUGGAGCACUUGAAAGUCCGUGUGGUUCGCGCUGAAAUCUUACAAGCUCUUUUCAACUCGAAUUGGAGCGUUCGCCAUUACUUGAGUGAUAUUUCAGCCGGCAGUGCUUUGAAGAUUGGAAGAGUCCGGGCACUAUUUAACAAAGUCUGCCGACUUUUAGUGGAUAUUUUGAAGGAUCCUUCCUCCAGUUGUCAAUUGAAGGGAUUUGCAGCAAGUUCGCUGGUUAUGUUGUACGAAGCGCCGGAUCUUACGUACUUGAAUAUGAUUGGUCUGCCCAACGUGCUCCGAGAGUUUGUAGAUACUAAUGGGGAAAGGACUGCGCCAUUGCUGUUGGGGUUGCUCACCGCGACUACCCACUGGAUCAAAUGCCGGGUUGGCGAAAUGGCUCGAUCGCCUAUCACAUGGACGAUGGAAAAUUGUUUUUUCAACGUGGCCAGGGUUCUCGAUUUGGAGACAAAUGUGGUCAAGGCGAUAUUGUGGGGUGUGGUAUUGAGCUUUCAGAGGACGGAAAGCGUGUUGCGAGUGUCUACUGGACACGCAACGAUCGAGGAUUCACUCACCUUUACUACUGCGGACAACGACAAGGAAAUUCACGGGGAAUCGAUCGCGAAUAGAGACAUGUCGGAGGCAAGCAACUUGCCCGGCGAGGAUGAGAAAACAACCUACGAUUCCCUCGGAGAAGGCGAUUUUUAUUCGUCUUUGUCUAGCAGAUCUUCGCCCUCAGAUGCGGAGAUGAAGCAGCUUGUCGCUAGGGAGUCGGUGUGGAGACUGCUACGUAUCCUACUUCUUCAGAUUUCUGACAACAUGACGAACCUCACAAAUGGACAAAUAUGUGAAGCCCAACGCAGCUUGUGGGGCACUCUGCUUGCGGCAAUGCAACAGCUCUCAGCACGAGUCGAGCUGAACAGUCCUGCAGUGCUUCUUGACUGUGGAAGGGCCGCUGUUGUUGGAAGUAGAUGCGUGGAAUCAGUGACUGCUUCAAGCUCCGGGGACCAGGUUCCAAACUUACUGUUGCCAGAUAUGACCUCAUCUUGGACCAGCGGAACCGAUGGUGAACAUUGGGUGCAAAUUGUUGCUAGAAAUGAAGUCUGUCUCUCUCGCAUGGGCGUUUACAUACAUCCUGAUGACGGUGCAAUGAUGCCCCGAGAAAUUCGAAUACUUGCAGGGGAAAAUGAGGGUUGUUUGCGUGCUAUUCAGGUCGUUGAAGUUGACCCACGUGAACUGAAUCAGGGUCCAAACGAAGUUGUUGUGCUGCAGGGGUCUGAUGAAAACUUGAAUGUCGUGCGCUUGUGCCUAACAAGCAACGGUCCGAAUGUCCGUUUACGGGGGAUUUCUGUCCGAGGAUUUAUGUUUGGAGAUCCAAAUGUUAUUGGACGGGGCGAAAUGGAAGAGGCCUGCAUAUUCAAACGUGUGGAAGUGUCAACCGGCAAAAGCGCAAAGAAGUUUCUAACUGAUGGAAGGAACGAUACUUUCUGGCAAUCAGAUGGCAGAUCGGGCCAGCAUUGGAUUCGAUUGCAUGUAGAACCCGACGCGGUAAUCACUGGCCUUUCGAUUCAAGUCAGCGCCAGUGAUGGCAAUUAUUGUCCAAGUCUAGUAGACGUAUUUGUUGGAGAAGUAGCGUCCAAUUUGAAGAAGAUCAGAACUUGCAACCUGACACCCACAGGGAAUCAGAGAUGUGUUCUCCUUGACAAGGUCAACUUGAUGCAUCGCAUUGUUCAAGUGAACAUCCGUGAAAACAAUGGCGGGUGUGACUGCAAAGUGAGAGGAAUAUUCUUAACCGGCCACUUUGCUCCUACUAAGAGGCCAGGCCUGGAUGUUGGAAAUACUGGGCAAGUUCUGCGCGAUCUUUUGUCGACAGCAUAUGCCACAAGCAAAGCCAGGGUGGUUGGUAUCAACCCAGUACAAAGUCGAGAGUGGAUUCGUAUGUUGACCAAACUGAUGCAGCUACCUGUCUUUGGUGAAGCAACAAGGAUUCGUGCCACCACUCUGCUCCACAAGCUUUGUGUUUCUUGGGCCAACAUGGAGGGAACCUUAUCUUUAGAUGAGGAGCUUCAAGAGGAUGUGAUUCACGCAAUUUUGGAUACUUUGUCGCACACAUCAGAGAUUUGUGCAUCGAUGGAGCCAUUGUCGCCUACUCACCUUUCUCCUCUUCCGGAUUUACAUUCUCUUCUUUGCAAGGUUGCCGUGGAUUUGAUUGCAACACCAGCAUGGAUGCCAAUCAUGCAGCCUUCGAUUAAAGAGUCAUUGACGUAUCUCCUCGACAUGUACAGCCCGAAGCAAAAAGACACGUUUGUGAAAUAUGACUUCAUGGAGGUUUGGUGGAGCUCUAGCAACGAUUAUGAGGCUACAGCCCUCCAAGGCCACGAAUUUUUCCGGCCUACGAGUGGGUGUAAGCCUCGUGUGGUAUUAUUUUCUGCAAGUGCUCCGGAGCCUAUGAGAAUGCUACUGAAUCUCAGUGGCCUCGGAAACGACACAUCUCAGUCAUCAUCUUUUCAUAUUGAGUCGUUUGAUGUUGAGGUCUCUGGGAAAGAGAAUGAUUCUUCAAAGCCCACAGUCUCCGGGGUGUACGUAUGGCUAAGGCCUCUUUCCACGCCUGGUCGCCCGCAGAUGGGAUCCUCGAGGUACCUGAUGUUCGACUUGAUCAAGAAGAGUAGAAGAGGCAGUAUCGGAAGGAAUGGAGGCAAUGUAGGUGGAGUCAUCCUUGCUCAGAGCCUGGAGCACCUCCUACAACUCAUGAAAGGAGAAAACAUCUCCAGUUCAGAAGCAGACAUGGGAUCUGGCAGUACUACCAUUCCAACAGACAUUCCAUGGUUUGUUAGGCUAGGCAAAUUGACUGACAAGGGACCUGUCUUAUUGUCAACGAAUUGGACUAUGCUGGCGGGAUGCAAAGAUGCUGGGAACAAUCAGUCUUCUCCGCCCGUCAAUCACAUCCUGCCCUCGCCAGUUCCGACUGCGCUGCCUGCAGUUUUGCUGGCAGAAGGCAUUGCACAGCGAAGUCAAUUGUCGGAUGUCGCAUGUGAAUUGUUUCCGUCGCUUUUACAAGUUUUGACAGUCAUCUCACAACCAGAUCCAUCAGAGCCAGCACGUCCGCAUGGGCUCCGUGUGUUGCACUCACGGCUUGUUCGUGCCGCUUACUUGUUCUUACAAAUCCCUUUGUGCAUGGAAAUCCUCCUCCUCGAACAGGGAGAGCCACUCAGAGACAUCUUGCUUCUGCUCGCCUCGCAGGAUGUCAAUGCUCCCUUGGUCUUAGCGCUGGACGACUUGUUGUCCAAGUCAUCAUUCUUGUGCCAACGCCUUGGACCUGAUGCGCAUCUCCACACCCUAUCUCUUCCAAGGAGCAUUGUUGGUUCCCUGAGUGUUCCCCGGCUCGCCUUGUCUUGGGGUGGAAAAUCAGCUGUUGAGAGUUCGAUCGAGACGAUAGAUACUGAGCCAGUUGAAGCCAAGUCACAGAGCCAGCUCCUGACGUGGACAUCACAGUCAAGAGUAAUUCAGGAGAACGAGGGAGAUGAUGAAGAACGAAGGGUGGAGGACAUGGUUGCCUGCAUGUUUGCCAAUGCGGCAACUGAAGAGCAUCUACUGCUUCCAACAAGUCGUCGUGAGCCUGACAAGUCGAAGCCGCCAUCACAUACCUGGAGCAAGAAGAUGAGCCGCUACCGGACUCCUCGACUGCUUACUGAAAUAGCGACGACUGAAGAUGCCAUUGCAAUUUAUUACGCUCGUUUGGCAUUAUUGACGAUACUACAUGCAGCUCCUACUGGAUCACUGCCAUUGACUGUAGAGAAUCUCGCGACAAUUUUACGUCGUUUGUUUCGAACGGUCAAGCCAGACUUGUCUUCGCAGUCUUGGAGACAGAGCAUGCGCAAAGUUUUGGACAAUGCCCUGACUGCAUCCGACGAGGAGCGACCGAAUGUGAGCAAGGUCCUGGGGCUUUCAAAGCAUUGCAGCUGGCUACUAACUUCGUUGUCCAACAAAGUGAACACUGAGAAGGACAGAGCAACUCAGUUGACUCCACCGCCGGUUACUCCGACUGCUGCCCCGAGCUCGUCCUUGAAGGUGAUGCGUAUCAGCCUUGAGAGCAGACACGGGUAUGCGCCCAACACUCAUCUGGCGAUAAGACUGCGAGCUCAUGGGGCCUCUGCAUUGAGAGUCUCGCUGGAUCCUCGGUGUUGUUCCAAGCGAGACCGGGACAAGCUCACUUUGUAUUCCGAUGCUCAACUGAAACAGCAGUUGGCGUGUUACCAUGGCCCUUCUGGUGCAGGAAACUGGGCUCCGCCUCCUGAUAUUCAAGGAAACAGCCUUGUGGUAAUAUUCGAGAGCGAUGGCGGCCAUGGAGAAUGGGGCUUUAGAAUUUACAUCCAACCUCUCGAUGCUGAGAUGAGGGCCAUCUCUGUCCCGUCGUUCCUUUUUGAAUCUGUUCCUGCAUACUCUCAGAAUCUCAGAGGAAAGCAUGAUGUCACACUAUACGCUGACAACCCUGACAUGGGUGAUAGCAGUAUCAAAGUGAUGUUUGACAAAGAAUUCUGCUCUGCUCAACCAAACUCGACUGAUUCUGGAAGGCUCAAAAUCAUAUCAUCGAGAGGAAAACACUUGUUUCAGUCAUCUUCUCCAUGGGAAGCGAUGGACAUCCCAAGAGCGUCCAAGUUCACUAUCGAUGUCAAAGGCCCAGCAACAAAUCGGCUAGUGUUUCGAUUCUUUUCAUCUUUACAGAGCGGUGACAGUCAAGAAGAUGGGGUGGAAACGCUUUCGUUGACUCCAGAGGGCCUGAAAACAAACGGAGAAGAUGGUAUCAGUGCAGGAGUUGCUGACUUCGAUUUCAUUUGCUGGUUGAUGAAUGCGUUGUCAUCUCCCAGCAGCGGACUACUCUGGAAGUGCAAACUGAACUCAGACGACUUGCAACGAGAGAUCAAGAAUCUGAUUGAAGCUGGUCUCGUGGCCAUUGAGCAUGUUGCAGGUUCUUCACGACCGGGACUUCUUAGAAGCAUCGCUUCCGCGGCUCGCGGCCUGAGGAGAGACUCUCAGGGAUUGUCGGAAUCAGCGCUUUCCAUCGUUCGAGUGCUUCGGGAGGCAGCAAUCCACCAACAUGCCGUAGAGUUACCGCAGGUCGGGUCUCAAAGGGCACAGUUCUCUCCGGGGCUUCAGGCCCUUGUGGAGGUGGUUGCUGUGCUCGACCAAGGGACUUCGAUAGAUCUCUCUUCCAUGUCUCGCAAGGAGUUGAUCAGAGCGAUUGAAGCUGUAGAUGGACCUCCUGGAACUGCACUUUGCAAGGCUGUUCUUGAAGGGAACGAGGAACAAGUGCGCUGGUGUCUCUGCCGAGGUGCUCGUGCUGACGCGCCCUGUACCGAGCGUCUUGUCUCGUCGUUUCCCGUGCCACACUACGCAAUUCACUACGCAGUUUAUGCUGGGCGGGAUGAUUUGGUCAAGCUUUUGUUCUCUAAGCAUGCAGACUUGCACAGCAUAGAUGGAAGUGAGAAUCAGCCGCUCGCGUGGGCAGCUUCGCGUGGAAUGAAAUCCACAGUUGAGGUUCUCCUGCAACUUGGAGCGGACUGCAGACAUCGCAACAGUGCUGGAAAGACUGCUCUUGACCUGGCGACCCAGGCACAGUCUUCCUCGGCUUCCGACGACUCUCAGCACACUGCGUUCCAGAAGCCUGACUUGAAAGGAGUCAUUCAGGGUUGGUGCUCUGCGUGGAAGCUGGACAUGGGAUGCCGAGUGUUGAUGGCCCCCAAGUUCUUCGAGGAAUUCAUCUCUAUCCGAUCGAACGAACCACUCGAGCAACAGAGUGGCGAUGCGAUGGUUGCACUUCGCAGGGUCAGGGAGCACGUUAUCGCUCUACCGGACAAGGUUGCGACUUUGACCUCUGUCAAGCUUGUUGGGAUGCUGCCUGCCGAUUUCGCUGGGACGAUGUUCGAGAAACGCAGCUGA